AUUCCUUAAUACGAGUCAUCAAACGGCCGGUCCAUAACUUAACUGUCGUAUGAACCGGGCGCGCAAACACAGAGAGAUAUGCUACAGUGUCUCACAGUGUAGUCAGAGCUCUUCUUUCCCUCUGACUCGCAUUGACCACAACACCACCAGAUGGGCAACUGCAGCAGUGGCUACACUUCUGCCUCCACCACCCGGUCUGACGGCCCGGCCCAUAACGGCGUCAAGAUCCUCCCGCCGACGCCCAAACCCUACGACUCCGAGACCCUGUCAUCUGGCAGUCAAAGUCAAGCUCAGGCUCCCCAGGGUCGUGUCUUGGGCCGACCAAUCGAAGACGUCCGGUCCACCUACACCUUCGGCCGUGAGCUCGGCCAAGGCCAGUUUGGCGUCACCUAUCUCGCCACCCACAAGCGGACCGGCGAGAAGUUAGCCUGCAAGUCUAUCGCCACCCGCAAGCUCGUCAACCGCGACGAUAUCGAGGACGUCCGCCGCGAGGUCCAGAUCAUGCACCACCUAACCGGCCACCGUAACAUCGUUGAGCUCAGGGGCGCCUACGAGGACCGCCACUCCGUCAAUCUCGUCAUGGAGCUCUGUGCCGGCGGCGAGCUCUUCGAUCGGAUCAUCGCCAAGGGCCAUUACUCCGAGCGUGCCGCCGCGGUUCUCUGCCGCCAGAUCAUGACGGUUUUGCACAACUGCCAUUCCAUGGGGGUGAUGCAUAGGGACCUGAAGCCGGAGAACUUCUUGUUCUUGAACAAAGAUGAAGAUUCGCCACUCAAGGCCAUCGAUUUCGGUCUCUCAGUGUUUUUCAAGCCAGGAGAUGUAUUUAGAGAUUUCGUCGGGAGUGCUUAUUAUGUCGCUCCUGAGGUGUUGCGCCGCACUUAUGGAGCUGAAGCUGAUAUUUGGAGUGCUGGGGUGAUUCUAUACAUUCUACUGAGCGGGGUCCCACCUUUCUGGGGAGAGAACGAACAAGCUAUCUUCGAUGCUGUUCUUCGAGGACAUAUUGAUUUCUCAUCUGAUCCUUGGCCUUCCAUAUCCAGUAGUGCCAAAGAUCUUGUGAAGAAGAUGCUACGGGAAGAUCCUAAAGAACGGCUGUCAGCAGUUGAAGUCCUUUAUCAUCCGUGGAUGAGAGAAGAUGGUGAUGCAUCUGAUAAGCCUCUUGAUAUUGCUGUUUUAAGUAGAAUGAAACAAUUCAGGGCAAUGAACAAGCUCAAAAAAGUUGCUCUAAAGGUAAUUGCAGAAAAUCUUUCUGAAGAAGAAAUCAUUGGCUUAAAGGAAAUGUUCAAAUCCAUGGAUACAGAUAGCAGUGGAACGAUAACUUUUGAAGAGUUGAAAGCUGGGCUUCCUAAACUGGGUACCAAGCUAUCUGACUCUGAAGUGAAGCAGUUGAUGGAAGCGGCUGAUGUUGAUGGAAAUGGGACUAUUGAUUACAUUGAGUUUAUAACAGCUACCAUGCACAUGAAUAGAAUGGAAAGAGAGGACCACUUAUACAAAGCUUUUGAAUAUUUUGACAAGGACAAGAGCGGGUACAUUACAAUGGAGGAGUUGGAGCAUGCCCUUAAGAAGUAUAAUAUGGGAGAUGGAAAAACAAUUAAAGAGAUCAUUGCAGAAGUUGACACAGACAAUGAUGGAAGGAUUAAUUAUGAUGAGUUUGUUACCAUGAUGAGGAAAGGCAAUCCAGAUUUGAUCACAAACCGACGCCGCAAAUGAGAUCAGCACAAUUAGCAUAUAUUUCAGUUGUUCAACUACUAGCGGCGUUUGUUAAUCUCAAUAUGGGUGGAGUUACAUAUCCCAAUCAUGUGUUCAAUCUCAAUAUGGCUACCUCGGAUUACGAGACGGUCCUUGCUGUCUGAACAUAUUUGUGGAUUGUUCCGUCUGCUCUUUACUGGAAGAAAUGAGUUAGCUUGCGUUUAGUUUGGGAAUGAUGUUUGCUUGACUGGUCAGCGAAUUACAAGAAUUCCAGAACCCAUGUGCGGUGUGUCCACGAGGAAAAGGAAAAGAUGGAAGUGAAGGAUGUCAAUGCCGUUUCUAUUCUUGUUUCUGUAGUCGUCUUGACCAUAACUUAUGUAAAAUCUGAAUUGUUUGUUGAUGUUAAGUGAUCCACCAAAUCUGGAACCCAAUAUAAACUCAUAAGGUGAUCAUUUGUUUUUUGGCAUCGUGAUUUCCUGAGUGCGAUUCCUGGACCUUGUUUUAUGCAUUUAUAUAAGAGCAUAUAUAUCCUUCAGUUCUUCA